AUGACCUGUGAAAGCUUUGCUGGUACAAGGCACAAUGAUGGCGCUCCUCCAGCGGGCGUCGUGUAUGCCGGUACGAGCAAAGCCCUUUACAGUGCUUUGGCAUCGCUGGAGGUCUCCACUGUGUACUUGACCGCCACAAUCAAGCUGGAUCGCAGCGACUGGACGACAGCAUACCAAGCCAUCGGUUCUUAUGUAACAAUAGACUUUUCAAGCGUCUCGAGCGCUAUAUACAUAAGGCCUGGCGGAGAGGUUAUUUUUCGGUGGCUUGAAAUCGUCAAUUACACAGCAGAAGUCGGUCAAGCAAUGCUGAUUGUGGGCGCAUCACCGGGCGGACGAGUCAUCUUCCAGCACGUCGUGCAGCGGCGCCUUGCCGGCUUCGGGGGAAAGCAAACUCUCGAUGAACUGCUGCAGCUGCCUCGCUUAAACCAGACUACCGGCAGCCCUAACGGCAGCAGCGAUGACCACCAAAUCGCAUUUUUCCUGCCACGUUUCUGCUACAACUCGACUCGCGACGGCGCCGGACCUCCCUGCAGCACCAACCUGGUCUACAUCGUGGACGUGGCCACACGGCUAGGACCCGCCAGCUCACCGUACUUUGCUGCUGGCCUGGCGCUGGGCGAGUACGACUUGUUGCUUGAAGAAUCCGUACAAAUUUCGGACAAUGUGGUGGAUCCCAAUUGUCUAUCCAGCGCCUCAGCGUCCGAGUGCGUGGUUCAACAAUUGCGGUUACUGGGAAUCGAACCCGUGCUCGUGAAGGCGAAACGCUCGGCCAGCAACCUCGUCAAGAUCGUGGCGUCGUUAGCCAUCUUGCUAGCGGCUGUGGGGCUCUUCCUCUACUUCAGACGUCACUACCGGACUUACCAGGAGCGCCGAGCCAGGAGGAUGCGGCGUCUGAAGGAGGCCCUGGGAAUGGGUCGCGAAGCUCACGGCAUCAUGUUCAACGGGCUGGAUGGGGAGAUACCUGACUGGCAGAUCAUGCCCAUGCCGGUGGGUUAUGCACCGGACGAGGGCGGUACGGCAGAACUCCACCAGAAUUCAAAUAUCCGCAAUCUCAUCAAGGACAUCAGCAACCGUCCUAACCGCCAGAACCCCGAGUACGACAGACCGGAGGAUUACGAGGUCCGGAUCGAGGUAGACGGCGGCGGCGGCACUGGCAGCGGUGGUGGUACUGGCGGCGAUGGCGGCGGCGGCUUGGAGAACUGUCCCAUUGCAGCGGAGGUGGGGCUCCUUCGGCCGCCAGUUGUGCCGACGUUGUUGCUGGGCCCUAUGGCGACUAAAGAUUUGGAGGGGGGAGAUGCAAUGGUUUCGGAGCAAUUUUCACCGACCCAGGUCGAUCCAGGGGCGGUCUCGGCAGGCGCCGCCGAAACGCCGACUGUAGAUAAGCAAAGAAGCGACGGCACCGCCGCCGCCGCCGCGGUUACCGUACAUCAUAUCCGGCCGUCAGGCGGCAGCGGUACGACGGGUGCUUCGCACCAAAGCGCCAGCGGUACGAGCGUCAGUCAUACGACGGUGACGAUGCCGGGGCCGCCGAUGGUGACGCUGGCGGCGAUGUUGGCGGGCGUCGGCGGCGUUGGCACCAGCGCCGCCGCCGGCGGACAGAGCAGCUCUAGCGGCGGCCGCGGGGCGUCGCAGGGGCUCGAGGUCUCCACAACGAUGGCGGUGACGAAGGCGGGGUUGGACGUACUGCUGGCGUCGCGGGUGGCGGCGAUGGGCGGUAGCAGCAGCGCCGCUACAGCCGCCGCCGCCGCCGCUGCUGCAGCCGCCGCCACCAGAAGCGGCGGCGGCGGUGGAUCCGGCGCCGCCACCUUCUCUAUUCAGUUGGGCGGGGGCGGCUGUUCCCAGUCGCGAAGUGCGUGUUCAAGGGAAUCGCAGACGGCGGCAGCGGCGGCGGCAGCGGCGUACAGACAGCCAAACGAACUCCAACCGCCGCUGUCGUCGUCGCAGCAGCAGCUGCAGCAGCAGCAGCAGGGUUCAGGGUCUGCAGAUACCGGCGUGCAGCAGCAACAACAACAACAACGACAACAACAACAAGCGAUCUUGGCGGCGGGUGGGGACGGCGGUGGCGGCGGCGGCACCGCCACUGCCACACGUCACGCCGUCGCGUCUGCCUCCGCUGCAGUUGACGUUGCGAAUAGGAUUAUGAAAUCGAAGGACAGCGACGACGAUGAUGAGGACGAGGAUGGGGGGCGGCGGCGGCGGCGGCGGCGGAUGGUUGCCAGCCUCAUGGACGAGCUGGAGCAGCUUCGUCGGGACAUCAUGGCCGGGGUGAACGACACCCAACUUCAUAUCAUGUCUGUGGUUGGGUCAGGGGCUUUUGGAACUGUGUAUCGAGGUCAGUGGCAGGGUUUGGAGGUGGCGGUGAAGACGGUGGUGUUCAGUGCGAGCAGCGAGAACAGGAAACGCGCUCUGCAGGAAGCUGCCCUCUGUCAGAGCAUCAAUCAUCGCAACAUCGUGGCGACGUACGCGGUUGACGUACAACCGCUGGGUGCCGUACACAACAACAGUACGGCCCCCGUGGUGUUGGGAGCCGGGCCAACGCACAACAACAAUAACCGAAACUCCACACUGUCAAACUUACUGCACUCGUUAUAUCCCUUUGCAAUCGUGUCCAUUCAUUCAUUCAUGCGUUCUCUGGGCCCCCCCGCCUUUUCCUCCCGCGAAUCCGGUCCACUAUGGGACCAUACACACACACACACCUCCCUGCAGGACUGGCGACUGUAUAUCGUACAAGACCUCAACCCCAAUAACGUACUGCUCAAACGAGACGCCACGUCACCCAUUGGCUUCCGGGUUAAGAUGGCUGAGGCCAGCUGGGUUACGCAGCGGAUGCUCUACCACGGCCGCCUGGCGGGCACUCGUACGGCAACCGGCGAGCCCCGAUACCAGCCACUCGGGAUACGGGCGGAGCAGGAAGCAGGCACGGGCGCCCUGGACGGACGCUGA